ACUUUCUUUUUCACACGUGUGAACUUCCAUGACUGUUACUUCCCGCCACUGCAAAUGCCGUCCUCAUUGCCCUCCACGAUCACGGUCUCCGACGCCGAAGGCUCCGGCAACAGCUCGACUUUGCUCCUCCGGUCUCAGGUGGUGGCCUCUUCGUGCCCACAUUCGGGUUGCUCCCUUCUUCGAGUCUUCCAGGGUUUUCGGGCCGGAUCGUGAUCCGGUUCGGAAUUUGAACCGGUCAGACUCGACUCGAGGACAGUCAAGAAGCACAAAGCCACCCCAGACAUGCAGCUGUUUCAAUACCACUGCGAUGGUUUUCCUGAUGAGAAGAGGUUCAAAGGAAAGAAAGGUGUUGAUCUACUUUUGGUUGAAAGAUUCUUAUAGGGAGGAGGUGAAGGUUGUAUUAAAGCUCAAGAGGGGUCAGGUUGAAGUUGCUGCAAUUGUAAAGAAGCCCAUCACAUUUAAGGGAAGUGUUCAGGGGGUAAUAUACGCUAAGAUGAAAAAUGGUGAAAGUUAAUGUCUCUAAGAACAAACAAAGCCAAUA